AUGGAUCAGCUGUCAACCCACGGCGGCGGCCGGCCACUCCCUCCGCCCUUCCACGCCCACGACCUCCAACUCCACCACCAAUUCCACCACAACCACCAGCUGCCGCCGCCACAGAACCCCACCGACGACGACCACAACAGCGGCGGCUCCGGCGACCGAGAGGCCGACAGCGGCGGCGGUGGCUCCGGCGACCCCUCCUCCGCCCGCCGCCCCCGCGGCCGCCCCGCCGGCUCCAAGAACAAGCCGAAGCCCCCCAUCAUCAUCACCCGCGACAGCGCCAACGCCCUCCGCUCCCACGUCAUGGAGGUGGCCGACGGCUGCGACGUCCGCGAGAGCAUCUCCGCCUUCGCCGGCCGCCGCCAGCGCGGCGUCUGCAUCCUCAGCGCCUCCGGCACAGUCGCCAACGUCACCCUUCGCGGGCCCUCGGGCCACGGCCCGGCCCUCGCCCUCCAGGGCCGGUUCGAGAUCCUCUCCCUCUCCGGCUCCUUCCUCCCGCCGCCGGCGCCGCCGGCGGCCUCGGGGCUUAGCGUGUACCUCGCCGGAGCUCAGGGGCAGGUGGUGGGAGGGGCGGUCGUGGGCCCGUUGCUGGCGUCGGGCCCGGUGGUCAUCAUGGCGGCGUCGUUCGGGAACGCGGCUUACGAGCGGCUGCCGCUGGAGGAGGAGGAGGUGCAGCCGCCGCCCGGAGGGUCGGGAGGAGUUCCGAUGGGGGAUCCGUUUCAGGGGGGGCCGCAGGGUAUGAUGCCGGGAGAGGGAUACUGGGGUGGUGGGCCGGGCCGCGGGCCGGGUUUUUAA